AUGAAGAGAUUUGAUUUGUUUUAUGAGUUUUCUAAUUAAUAAUUGGGAUAAGGAGUCUUUGGUUAGGUCUAUUUGGCCAAAAAGAAAACCACUUAAGAAUAAGUGGCAGUCAAAGUACCGCAAUUAAGCUAUCGUAGAUUUUACCAAAAAACAAUUAAUUGACCAUUAGUGAAAUUGAAAUACUUAACGAACUAGCCAAGCAUUCACAUCCUGCCAUUGUUAGAAUAAUUGAUGUGUAUGAUUAGGGAACUCAAGUAUAGGUAGUUUAAGAAUUCUGCAAUAGUGGCACUUUAUUUGAUUUUAUGAAAAAGAAACCCCAAUAUAUGGGAGAGGAGCAUUGCGUUGAGAUCUUAGAACAAGUUGCUCAAGGCCUUGAUUAUUUACAUAAGAUCAACAUUGUUCAUCGAGAUAUUAAACCAGAAAAUAUAUUAAGAACCACAUUUAAUGGCUAGAUCUAUUAUAAGAUCUCGGAUUUUGGAUUAGGCAGUAUUGGAGAUAUGAAAUUAGCUUCCAAAUUUGGAACUGCUUAUUAUGUUGCUCCUGAAAUCAUUGAUGGAAGAGCUGAACUAUAUGGAUAUGAUAAAUCAGUAGACAUCUGGGCUUUGGGAUUAAUGUUCGACGAAUUACUGCAUGGCACUCCUUUCUAUGAUGGACUUACAGAAGAUGAAGUCUUUAUCAAAAUUAGAAACGAACCCUAUUAUCCAAAAAAACUAGAAUAUUCAGGCAGUCGUUUACUCCCAAGAAAGCAAAUCAUUGCAAAUAUUCUUAUGGGCAUGAUUAAUAAAGAACCACUUCAAAGGAAGUCCCUACUUUGGACUCUAGAUUAAAUACGGCAAUAUAGCCUUGGUUAUUAUUUAAUCCAUUAUAAAAAUAAAGUGUUGUCAAUAGUUCACUUUCUCUCCUCAAUUAAGCUACAUUCUCUCAAACUCCUAUUUCUCCACUUUUGAUUAAUGAUUUAGAUGUAAUUCAAGACAGGAAGUCCAUUUAUCAACAAAAAUGUACCUUGCACAAUCAACCAGCUAUUUAUAGGAUGCCAAUUAAAGAGUAAGAUGAAGACAUUUCAAGAAUAGUUCCUGCUUGUUCUAAAUGUUUAAGAAGUAUAGGGGUUUACGAAUUGGAUACUUUAUAAAAGAAAGUUGAUGAAGCAUUGCGAACACUCACGAUGGAGAAUUUUGAUCAAUUCUUUAGUUAAAAUUACAUAAAAUAGGAGUUACAAGAAAUGAGAGCAGAGUAUUUCUUAAAUUAUUCUUAUUUUUCCAUUAGGGAUGAUCAAUUACAAUCUAAAUUUGAUGCCAUCCUUAUGGAUUAAUAGAAAAAGGCAAAAGUUGAAUACAACUCCAAGAUUAAAUAAUUAAUGAAUUUUAGAGAUAAAAAUUAUACAUCUGAAGAAUAAUGGUUGAUUUAUGUUGCAGAGAAGCUAACAGACUCUUCUGAAAAUGAGUUUGUAUUAUACAUUAAAGAAGAUCUAGCUUAAUUUAGUGAACAUGGAGUUGAAGAUUGUCUCUAAUUGAUCAAAAGUCAUCUAUAAGAGGCAUCAGAUUAAUUAAGUUCUUUGAUUUGAGAUAGUUAAACNUUAGUGAAAUUGAAAUACUUAACGAACUAGCCAAGCAUUCACAUCCUGCCAUUGUUAGAAUAAUUGAUGUGUAUGAUUAGGGAACUCAAGUAUAGGUAGUUUAAGAAUUCUGCAAUAGUGGCACUUUAUUUGAUUUUAUGAAAAAGAAACCCCAAUAUAUGGGAGAGGAGCAUUGCGUUGAGAUCUUAGAACAAGUUGCUCAAGGCCUUGAUUAUUUACAUAAGAUCAACAUUGUUCAUCGAGAUAUUAAACCAGAAAAUAUAUUAAGAACCACAUUUAAUGGCUAGAUCUAUUAUAAGAUCUCGGAUUUUGGAUUAGGCAGUAUUGGAGAUAUGAAAUUAGCUUCCAAAUUUGGAACUGCUUAUUAUGUUGCUCCUGAAAUCAUUGAUGGAAGAGCUGAACUAUAUGGAUAUGAUAAAUCAGUAGACAUCUGGGCUUUGGGAUUAAUGUUCGACGAAUUACUGCAUGGCACUCCUUUCUAUGAUGGACUUACAGAAGAUGAAGUCUUUAUCAAAAUUAGAAACGAACCCUAUUAUCCAAAAAAACUAGAAUAUUCAGGCAGUCGUUUACUCCCAAGAAAGCAAAUCAUUGCAAAUAUUCUUAUGGGCAUGAUUAAUAAAGAACCACUUCAAAGGAAGUCCCUACUUUGGACUCUAGAUUAAAUACGGCAAUAUAGCCUUGGUUAUUAUUUAAUCCAUUAUAAAAAUAAAGUGUUGUCAAUAGUUCACUUUCUCUCCUCAAUUAAGCUACAUUCUCUCAAACUCCUAUUUCUCCACUUUUGAUUAAUGAUUUAGAUGUAAUUCAAGACAGGAAGUCCAUUUAUCAACAAAAAUGUACCUUGCACAAUCAACCAGCUAUUUAUAGGAUGCCAAUUAAAGAGUAAGAUGAAGACAUUUCAAGAAUAGUUCCUGCUUGUUCUAAAUGUUUAAGAAGUAUAGGGGUUUACGAAUUGGAUACUUUAUAAAAGAAAGUUGAUGAAGCAUUGCGAACACUCACGAUGGAGAAUUUUGAUCAAUUCUUUAGUUAAAAUUACAUAAAAUAGGAGUUACAAGAAAUGAGAGCAGAGUAUUUCUUAAAUUAUUCUUAUUUUUCCAUUAGGGAUGAUCAAUUACAAUCUAAAUUUGAUGCCAUCCUUAUGGAUUAAUAGAAAAAGGCAAAAGUUGAAUACAACUCCAAGAUUAAAUAAUUAAUGAAUUUUAGAGAUAAAAAUUAUACAUCUGAAGAAUAAUGGUUGAUUUAUGUUGCAGAGAAGCUAACAGACUCUUCUGAAAAUGAGUUUGUAUUAUACAUUAAAGAAGAUCUAGCUUAAUUUAGUGAACAUGGAGUUGAAGAUUGUCUCUAAUUGAUCAAAAGUCAUCUAUAAGAGGCAUCAGAUUAAUUAAGUUCUUUGAUUUGA